AUGCCCAGAAGGGGUUAUAUCAUAACAGAUGUGUGCUAUUUUAAUAAAAACAAAAAACAGUCAAAUAAUAAUUUUGUGAACAAAAAAAUUUACAAUACUGCAUUGAUUACAUUUAACACACAUGAGGAGGCUUUAAGUGUCUUGAGGAAUAUUAAGAGUAUGAUUGAUACGAGCAAUCAGGAGAAGAGUAUCGAGGCCAAGUUCGCCGUUCCCAAUGUGAAUAAUAAUUCUGGUGCAAAGAAUAGUGGUAGUGGGCAUGGCACUGGGGGGAGUGCCGGAGGUAGUGGAGGUGGACCACAUGGACCACAUGGUACACAUAGUCCACAUGGUACACAUGGUCCGCAUGGUCCGCAUGGUCCGCAUGGUCCGCAUGGUCCACAUGGUCCGCAUGGUCCACUUGGAAACAUGGGAUCCUCCGGAAACAACAAUUUCCAAAAGAGCUUUAAUAAUAACGAAGAUUUUACAAACGGAGGAAUGAAUAGCUACAAUUAUUUUAGCAGUGCAGGAAAUGUACAAGGAAAUUUAGCUACCAGAAAUAUGAUGAAGGGAAAGAACCCAAAUAACGGAAUGAUGAUGAUGAUGAAUAGCAUGAACAGUACGAGUGGGAUGAAUGGAGGACUGAGUCCAAACAACCUUCAUAUGAAUGGUGGCAUGUUUAAUCAGAAAAAUAAUUUUUUGUUGAACAAUCCCAAUUUGGGUAAUGGGAAGAGCAUGUCCGAAAUGGUGAAAGCUGAUGGGGAGUUCCCCCCCGGAGGCAACGCCAGCAUGGGGAACAUGCACAGUGUGGGUGGCAUUAGCGGGGUGGGCGGUGUUGGCGGUGUUGGCGGUGUUGGCGGUGUUGGCGGUGUUGGCGGGGUUGGCGGGGUUAGCGGUGUUGGCGGUGUUGGCGGUGUUGGCGGUGUUGUCGGGGUUGGCGCUGCUGGUGGUGUGAGCGCCAUGAACGGCCUGCACGGCGAGGGCGGUGCAAGCGGAAGCCACGGCAACGCACAUGGCAACGCACAUGGCAACGCACACGGAGGAAGUAGCCCAAUCAUGUUCAGGCAAAUGCAAAACAACAACAACGGAGGCGUCUUCCAAUCGAGCGAUCUCGUAAUGGAGGAAUGUAACGAAAAUAUUGAAGGCCUAAGUCUAUGGGAAAUUUACAAAGAUAAAAAUAACAACACCUUUUAUUUUAAUAACCUGACGAAGCAUAGUCAAUGGAAUAAACCCAUACAUCCAAAUAAAUUAUUUCAUUUUAAUAACAAUGACAAAACCAAGUUAAAUGGUCCGAAUGGAAGUAAUUUGUUCAUUUUUCACAUCCCAAGUGAAUGGACUGACUUGGAUUUAUUUCAACACUUUUGUUGCUUUGGAAAUAUAAUAUCUUCGAAAAUUCAGAGAGACAACACGGGGAGAAACUCCGGGUUCGGAUUCGUCAGCUAUGAUAAUAUCCUGAGUGCGCAGCAUGCCAUUCAGUUCAUGAAUGGGUACUUUGUGAAUAAUAAGUACUUGAAGGUGCAGCUGAAGAAGGGCGAGGCCGCGGAGAAGGCCUAG